AUGCGUCCUCUGUUCUCUAAUCCUACCACUCUCUCGAUGCCCUUUAACGGCAGCAAAUAUCCCACAAGCGCAUCAUUCAGUAUACCACCAAGCGGGUGUCAUAUCGGUCUAGGCGGCCGAGCUCAGCCUCAUCUUAGAUACCUACCCCGAAGUCGACAUUGA